CGCAGCUGCUGCCGCUCCACUGUCCCGCAACAGCUGCUGCAGCAGCAGGUCGCGGCUCAGUCUCAGACCCACUGAUAAAAAGCGAGGAGAAAGCGAACUCCAACACCCCCCCUCUUCCUCCUCCUCCUCCUCCUCCUCCUCCCCCUCCCCUCUCUCUCUCUCAUCUCGAUUGCCAUUUCUUUUUUCUUAAUAUGCUGCGCUGCAGCGGUAACAACGACAACCAUAUCAGACGCGUUCUUCAGCGACAUCAGCGGCUCCGUGGAGAUGGGGGGUGGAGGGGAGGAGAGAAGUCGUUAAAGUUUUAAAAAGAGUGAGAAAAAUUAUUAGGUUAUGGAGGUUGGAGAGUACGGAGCCAGUCAAUUUUCACCCGCUAGUUUUUAGUAAAGCUGAAGUUGAUGCAGAGGAGAGAAGUGGAAGGGGGAAAAGCUUCUAUCUUUAACCAUCAAUCCGUCAUCUCUCUCUUCAUGUUGUCCUUUCCGUUUCUUUUUACUUGAAAUUUUAGAACUUUUCUUGCUUCUCUUCUCGACAACCACCGCCAUGCAUCGUUCCACCUUUGCGAUGCUUCAGCUGCCCCCCGGACCAUAACGCUAGCCCUAAUUUUCGUUUCCCUCUCUCGGCUUGUUUUUGCUUGCUCUGGUUUGGUUUUUGGGUUCGGGGAGGAUGGGGAUCGAUCUGAACACGGUGGAGGAGGAGGAGGAGGAGGAGGAGGAGGAGGAGGCGGAGCUACCGGCCGCCGCGCAGGCCCCGAGCCAGGCGCACCGCCGCACUCAGCCGCCGCCGGUGGGGGCGGAGGCGGUGUGCAUGGAGCUGUGGCACGCCUGUGCGGGACCGCUGAUAUCGCUGCCGAGGAAGGGGAGCGUGGUGGUGUACUUGCCGCAAGGGCAUCUCGAGCACCUCGGCGAUGCCGCCGGCGCCGCCGGCGGAGGACUUUUCCGCUACGAUGUGCCUCCACACGUCUUCUGCACGGUGGUCGACGUCAAGCUCCUUGCUGAUGCGGCUACAGACGAGGUUUACGCGCAGCUCUCCUUGGUUGCCGAAAGCGAGGAGGUUGAGCGGCAGCUGCAGGAGGGUGAAGCUGAAGGAGAUGUGGAAGAAGAGGAUGUUGAUGAUGGUCUUCACAGGUCUUCGAUGCCUCAUAUGUUCUGCAAGACUCUAACUGCCUCUGACACGAGCACUCAUGGAGGAUUCUCUGUGCCUCGCCGAGCUGCUGAGGACUGUUUCCCUCCUCUGGAUUAUAAGCAGCAGAGACCUUCGCAAGAACUUAUCGCAAAAGAUUUACAUGGUGUUGAAUGGAGGUUUCGACAUAUUUACAGAGGUCAACCACGCAGGCAUCUUCUUACCACAGGAUGGAGUGCAUUUGUCAAUAAAAAGAAGCUUGUCUCAGGGGAUGCAGUGCUUUUCCUGCGGGGCGACGAUGGGGAGCUCAGAUUGGGAAUCAGGAGAGCAGCUCAACUUAAAAAUCGCACUCCUUUUUCAGCACCUUGUAGCCAGGGCUUAGAUCUAGGCACACUGGCUGCUGUGGCUAGUGCUGUCUCCACAAAAAGUGUGUUCCAUAUCUGUUAUAACCCAAGGACAAGCCCAUCAGAAUUUAUAGUACCAUAUUGUAAGUCAAAGAGCUUCAGCCAUUCAUUUUCAAUUGGGGUGAGGUUCAAGAUGCGAUACGAAAGUGAAGAUGCAGCUGAGAGAAGGUACACAGGAUUGAUAACUGGGAUUGGUGACAUGGACCCUGUAAAAUGGCCUGGUUCAAAAUGGAGAUGUCUGUUGGUGAGGUGGGAUGAUGAUGUGGAUACCGGUCGUCAGAAUAGGGUAUCUCCAUGGGAGAUUGAACCAACUGGUUCAAUUUCGGGCCAUAAUAGUCUCUUAUCACCAGGUUCCAAGAGAACCAAAAUCUCUCUUUCCUCGGUCAAUCUGGAUUUUCCAGUUCCAAAGGGAAAUGGGUAUCCAGAUUUAGGGGAAUCUGCAAGGUUCCACAAGGUCUUGCAAGGUCAAGAAUUUACGGGUUUUAGAACUCCUUAUGAUGGUAUUGAUGUGGCAAAUUCUCAAGACACUGAUGUAAGAUAUCAUCAAUACCUGGAUACGAGGAGAUCCUCCAACAAUGCAAAUAGCUGCAUAUUAGGUGGUCUAGGAAGUGGGGUCAGAGUUCCAGUAGGAAAUUCUGAUUUACCCUACAAGUGCAUAGGCUUUAGUGAAUCCAUUGGACUCCGAAAGGUCUUGCAAGGUCAAGAAGUAGUUCGAGACAGUCCGCCAUAUCAAGGACCAGUAGUUGAUAUUCAUGCAAGAAAUGGUGGGUUUGGCUCAUUCGAUGCUCCGCAUACAUCUGGUGCUGGAAAUAGAUGGCCUGCAUCAAGCCAUGGAUGUACUCUUCUACAACCAUCGCAGUUGUCAGUUCUAGCAUCAUCUCCAUCUUCUGUGCUAAUAUUUCCACAAGCAAAUUUUAAGCAUCCAUGCUCUCAAUCGGUGUUUGCCAUGAAUGAUAGGAGUAAGAAUGGAGUAUUGAGCAGAAAAGAAACACCCUUGUAUCAUUGGCCACGUCAUGUAGGGGGUGAAGUCAUCAAUGAACACCAGAAACCAGGGCAAGUCCAUACUCCUAUACAUGCUUAUAAGCCAGAGUUGAAGAAUGACAAAGAAAUUAGCAGAAAUGGUUGCAGGCUUUUUGGUUUUCCCUUGACUGAGAGGAUUCCCUUGACAAAUGAAGUGGAUAGAACUGAGAGAGAUUUUGAAACUGAUUUUUCGACUUCAAAGUCUCAAAUACCUGCAAAACCUCUUGGGCGCAGCUGCACUACAGUUCACAAGCAAGGGAGUGUUGUAGGCAGGGUGGUUGACCUCUCAAAACUUGAUGGAUAUGAUGAUCUGAUUUGUGAGCUUGAACGACUGUUUGAUAUGAAAGGGCUGUUAAACGACCCACGGAAAAAGUGGAAUGUUUUCUAUACUGAUGAUGAAGAUGAUAUGAUGCUAGUCGGGGAUAAUCCUUGGCAGGAGUUUUGCAAAAUUGCUUCAAAAAUAUUAAUAUACACAAAUGAUGAGGAAAUGAUUGCAUGCUGUGAUGAAGCCCAUGGUUACUCAGCCGAACUAUCUUUUCCAACCAAUAUUGCCAGGUUUUCCUUGGGCUGCAGUAAAUCUUCAUCAGUGUCGACAUAAAUGAAACUUCGUGAGCCUGAGACUGUCCUUUAGUUAGAAUUUGAACUAUUUUAUCUGUUUGGCUUGUCUUCAAAUCCAUCUUUUCUCUGCCCUUGUUACUAAAUUUGUCUAAGAAGCUUAAGAAGAAAUUCUGCCUGUGUAAGAGUUUGAUGCUGUAUGGAUGCUGUCUUGACAGUACUCUGAAGUAUGAACUAUGCAAUGGUAAUGUUGGAGAGCUUCGCUGGCCUGCAACACACUUUGUG